AUUCAAUACAACUCUCUAUUUAUUGUCAUUUCAUUUGUGACAACAUUUGUGAGAAACACGUGAAUCACAUGUAAACCCAUUUCUCAAUUCAAUUCACAUCUAAUUGUUUUAAUCAUUGAUUGAAUUGAUUGUGAAAAUGGAUUCAAAUGAGUCGGAAGUGAUGGCAAACACAGCCGUCAAAAGGAAAGCCCAAGAAAUGGACCACAAUUUGACUGAUUUGGCGAUUGCUGUGACGCAAGAGUCCACUAAUGAAGACAAACUCACAUACGAAGAGAUAUUAGAAGAGGAGAAGGAGUGUCCGAACGAUCCGUUUGUCACACAUUUUGACAGAGAAUUGGAUGCAAAAGAUAUCAAGUAUUUGAGUGAUAAUCCGAAGAAGAAUAUUAAAGAUCACGAAUGGACUGAAAUGAAGAAAUUGGUUGAAAUUAAUAACGACAACGAUAUAUAUGUUUGCGAUUCAAUUGUUUUGAAACAAAGUGUUCAACAAUUUUAUCUCAAAAAUAUAAUUAUUGAAAACUUAUGUAAAGCUGUUAUUACUUCGGAUGCUAAACAAACAUCACUUGAAUUGAAUCCAUUUCAAUACGAAUUGUUGUCUAUUAUUAGUAAAUAUAAAGACUUAUUGUUUACCGAAAGAAAUGCAGAAAACGGAGAACACAUUCGCCUAUUAUAUAGUAUGCAUGCAUUGAAUCACAUUUUGAAGACUAGAUCGCGAAUACUUCACCACAACUACAAGAUUGGUCGACACGUCUCAUCAGACGAAGAAUAUAGAGAUCAGGGCUUAACACGACCUAAAGUAUUGAUUUUAGUGCCCUUUAGAGACAGUGUCCUAAGGAUUGUCAAAAUUCUGAUUAGUCUUAUGUUUGGAGACAUUAAAGACAAAUCAGAGAAAAAGGCAAAUGUAAUGAAUGGAAAGCGAUUUUUCGAAGAGUUUAGUCCCGACACCGAAGAGCCCACACUUCAUAAAAAGCCCGAAGACUACGAAUCAAUGUUUACCGGAAAUUUUGACGACUCUUUCCGUAUCGGUCUUUCGAUUACUAAAAAAAGUCUAAAACUUUACGCAGAUUUCUAUUCGGCGGAUAUAAUAAUCUGUUCGCCUCUCGGACUCAGACUUAUCAUUGGCUCCGAAGGCGACGCCGAAAGAGACUUCGACUUCUUGUCAUCGAUAGAAAUGGUAAUUAUGGACCAAACGGACGUGUUUUUGAUGCAAAACUGGGAACACGUGCUCCACAUUAUGAAACAUUUGCACUUAACGCCUACUCAGAGCCGUAACGUUGAUUUCUCAAGAGUGCGAAUGUGGGCUCUCGAGGGUUGGACUCAAUAUUACAAACAAUUCUUAGUCUUCUCGUCUAUAACUGUUCCGAUGAUAACCGCGUUAUUCAACAAACACUCCAACAAUUAUUUCGGCAAAAUUAUGACAAAAAUGGAAAUAAACUCAAUGAAAGCAGCGGUCAGUAGUGUUUACAUUCCGUGUCCACAAAUGUUUCAUCGGUUUGAAUGCAGUUCAUUGGCCGCCAGUUCUAACCAAAGGUUUGAGUUCUUUGUUUCGACAAUUUUGCCCAAAUUUCGCUCAAAACUGAUGGGACGGACAAUGAUUUUUAUUCAAUCGUAUUUCGAUUUCGUGCGGAUUAGGAAUUACUUCCGCAAAGAAGAGAUAAAUUUUACACAAGUGUGCGAAUACACGGCCGACGGCAAAGUGGCCAAAGCCAGGAGUAUGUUCUUCAACGGUGGCCGACAUUUCAUGUUAUACACCGAACGCUUCCACUUCUACCGGCGCUACAAAAUCAAAGGCAUUCGUCACCUGAUAUUCUACGAGACACCCAAUUAUCCACACUUUUAUAGCGAACUCUUAAACUUUAUGCACAUUUCAAUGCAGGGAAAGAAGUUUGCCGGCGAUUAUAGUGAGAUGUCUUGUACCACAAUAUACAAUAAAUUCGAUGCCUUCCAGUUGUCGGCUAUUGUUGGCCACAAUAAGGCCACACAAAUGCUUCGAUCCUCAACUCCUAUACAUAUGUUUGUCACCGAAAAUCAAAUAACAAACUCUUAA